GGUUUUACAAGUGAAGACGUUUCUAAUAAACAAUAAAAAUGGUUAAUAUACUUAUCGGAUGUACUGGAAGUGUUGCUACUAUCAAGUUACCGUCGAUAAUACAACAAAUUAUAGCUUCAAAUAUUGCUUCUAGUUCUGAAAUAAGAGUAUGUUUGACAGAAUCUUCCAAACAUUUUUUAAAAAAUGAAAAUUUAGAUGAUACUAAUGUUUAUGUGGACUCAGAUGAAUGGGAGGCUUGGACUAAUAGGGGUGAUCCAGUACUACAUAUCGAACUUGCAAAAUGGGCUGACUUAUUGAUAAUUGCCCCAUUAGAUGCAAAUACUUUAGCAAAAAUGAGUAAUGGUAUUUGUGACAAUCUGUUGACUUGUGUAAUACGGGCUUGGGAUAUUAUGAAACCACUAAUUUUUUGUCCUGCUAUGAAUACCAAAAUGUAUGAACAUCCAUUAACGUCACAACAAAUUACCAUUCUCAAAUCUUUCGGGUAUCUAGAAGUUCCUGUUGUCUCAAAGAAACUAAUGUGUGGAGAUGUCGGUCCAGGCGCCAUGGCAGAAGUAGAAACAAUUGUAGAAUAUAUUAAAAAUAUUAUUGAAAAAGAUAGUGAAUCUACUGAUUGUAACAGAAUUUAAUUUAUUGGGUUUAAUAAAGAUUUUAUUAAAAAAAUAAA